UAAAGGCAGCCCCAGGGACCCACGGGCGCCUGUCUGCAGUGCGAGAAGCCCAGGAGGGUUGGGCAAUCGUGGUUUCCUCCCAGCCCACAGGACACAGCUUUGCCAGCCCAGUCCCAGGCGUCUUGGCCUCGUCUGCUCUGGCAUGGAGGAGACAGUCGUGCGGCCCUCCGUGUUCGUGGUGGAUGGACAGACGGACAUCCCGUUCACGAGGCUGGGGCGCAGCCGCCAGAGACAGCCCUGCAGCGCUGCCCGGCUAGGUCUGGGCUUCCUGCUACUGCUGCUGGCAGCUGGACUGGCCAUCCAGGGCUGGUUCCUGCUGCAGCUGCACUGGCGCCUGGAGGCCAUGGCCCACCCCCUGCAGGACAGAGGUGCAGGAUCCUGGGAGCAGCUGAUGCAAGAGCGGAGGCCCCAGCAGGCCAAUCCGGCAGCGCACCUCACAGGCGCCAACUCCAGCCUGACAGGGCGCGGGGGCCCUCUGCUGUGGGAGACGAAACUGGGCCUGGCCUUCUUGAGGGGCCUCACCUACCGGGAUGGUGCCCUGGUGAUCGCCCAGGCUGGCUACUAUUACAUCUACUCCAAAGUGCAGCUGGGCGGUGUGGGCUGCCCCCAGGGGCUGACCGGUGGCCUGCCCAUCACCCACGGACUCUACAAGCGCACAUCCCGCUACCCCGAGGAGCUGGAGCUGCUGCUCAGCCGGCGAUCGCCAUGUGGACGUGCAAACAACCCCCGCGUCUGGUGGGACAGCAGCUUCCUGGGCGGAGUGGUCCACUUGGAUGCUGGGGAGGAGGUGGUGGUUCGCGUGCCGGGGGAGCGCCUGGUCCAACUCCGCGAUGACACGCGGUCCUACUUUGGAGCAUUCAUGGUGUGAAGGAAAGGGCAGUGGUGGAUUGAACAGGGGUCCGACGGGCACAGACCUCAGAGGGUCUGCCUGGGGAGGCAGAAGCCCCAGCAAGCAAAGAUUCUGAAGAAUCCCCAGGGAAACUGCAAAUUCAGCAGUUGCAGAGCUGAGCGGGGACCACAAGGGGCCAAACCCAGCUGACCCAAGAGGUUGAAGACCCAGCAGGCAUGUCGGGAGGACCAAAGGAAGCUGCAGACCCCUCCAGGAAUAACACUGACCACAGACUCGGAGACUUGGGGGUCUGUUGGCCCCCCAAACAGGGAUAAAGCUGAUCUGCCUGAUAUUCAGGAAGAAGGGGGUGGG